AUGUCUCUCACCAAUGCCACACCGCUCGAGAUCGCUCAGUCGGCAAGAGUCGGCUCGCGGAAACUUGCCGUCCUGUCUACGGAAGAGCGCAAUGCCGCCCUGACUGCGAUUCACGAUGCGCUCGCAAACGGAAAAGAGAAGGUGUUGGCAGCCAAUGCCAAGGACUUGGAGGCUGCAAACCAGGCUGCGGCUGGGGGGACAUUGAGUGCAAGUCUGGUGAAGAGACUGGAUUUGGGGAAGCCGGGAAAGUAUGAGGAUAUGCUCCAAGGUAUUCUGGACGUGAGGGAACUAGAUGAUCCAAUCAACAAGACCACUGCAAAAACACUCCUGGACGACAACCUCACCCUCUCCCGCAUCACCUGUCCCAUCGGCGUGCUCCUUAUCAUCUUCGAAGCCCGCCCAGAAGUAAUCGCCAACAUCUCCGCCCUAGCCCUCAAAUCCGGAAACGCCGCGAUCCUGAAAGGCGGACGAGAAUCCAGCAACAGCUUCGCCGCCAUCGCCUCCAUCAUCUCUGACGCCCUCUCCUCAACAUCCGUCCCUCCAGCAUGUCUCCAACUAGUCCAAACCCACGACGUGAUUGCCGACCUCCUGAAGCAGGACACCUACAUUGACCUGUGUAUCCCCCGAGGAGGCAACAAGCUCGUACGCUACGUCAAAGACUCAACCGCCAUCCCCGUCCUCGGUCACGCCGACGGAAUCUGCUCCAUCUACCUACGCGGCGACUACCCCGCCGACAAAGCCGCCAAAAUCAUCCUCGACGCAAAGGCUUCCUACCCAGCUGGCUGCAACGCAGCAGAGCAGCUCCUCGUCGACGAAUCCGCGCUGCGCACCACCCUCCCCGCCGUCGCCGAAGCCCUCCUCCAAAAAGGCGUAUCACUGCGCUGCGACCCGGCCUCCCUCGCCGCCCUGCGCGAAAAACUAUCCCCCCACUCUGCUACCAUCCUGCAGGAAGCCGGGCCCGAGGACUUCGACACCGAGUUCCUCGACUACAUCAUGGCUGUGAAAACUGUCAAUACCCUCGACGACGCAGUGAGCCAUAUCAACACCCACGGUAGCCACCACACAGAUGCUAUCCUCACGCUUGACGAGUCCACCGCUCGCGCUUUCCUCGCUGCUGUCGAUUCCUCCUCCGUCUACUGGAAUACGUCGACGCGCAUGGCGGACGGCCAGCGCUAUGGGUUCGGUACUGAGGUGGGCAUCUCAACGAACAAGAUUCACUCGCGAGGCCCUGUGGGCUUGGAAGGGCUGUGUAUCUACAAGUGGGUGCUCAUUGGAGAUGCGCAGGUUAGUGCUGAGUACGGCGCGGGGGGCAAGCAGUGGAAGCAUCAAAAGCUAGCUGUAGGUGACGACGAGGGAGUAGCGCGGAACGAAGAGGAGCGGGAAGUACUGAGGAGAUUUAGGGCUGGGAAGUAA